UAGAUCUAGACAUCUAGAUCUUGCAUUUGUCUCAUUUGAUUUAGAUUAGAUGUCUGCUUUAUUACCCUGCUUUUUAUUUUAUUUGUAUCUUAAUGUCAACCGCUUGAAGUAUCUGAGUAUUACUGAUCUAAGCUAUAGGCCUUCUAUACAUGAAAUGCGUAGGACGUAAUUAUCUUCCUUUUUUAUAUAGAAUAAUGCCAUUACUACUUCAUUACUAGAGAAUGGAAUGACAAUGACUAGAUUAUCUAAGAUUGACAACAUGAAUCAGAAAUGUCCCUAGUAGGAACCUGUCUGUAUUGAUUAAUUGGACACUUAUCAACUGAGAUUCACUACAGUUUUCAUUUGGUCAUGCUGAAAGUACUUCGAGCCAUUUCCAGUGUCAGUCAAAGUUUGAGUGCACUUCAGCAUGUCUCUCUCUUGGCAGCUGAGCAAACCAUGCUUCUCUACUCACAGCCAAGACUUCUAUUUCACACUGCUGGAACAAUGUUUAGUGAGCAGAAACGAACACUCAAAGCUGAAAGACAAGCUAAAAGGAAAUCUGAAAGACAAGAAGCAAAAGGGAGUGCGGAAAAUAAAACAGCAGAGUCUGAGGAUACAGCUGGCCAGGAUGGCGAGGAAAGUGAUGCAAUGGAAUAUUUUCAUUUGCGCUCCUUGGCUGUGGCCAACAUGAAAGCCACUGGAGACCAUCCCUAUCCACACAAGUUUCAUGUGGGCAUGUCGUUGAGAGAGUUCAUUGACAAAUACAAUCAUUUGUCACCUGGAGAAAAACUGGAGGAAGUUGUGACUGUGGCAGGUCGAAUACACACCAAAAGGUUAUCUGGAACCAAGCUAAUCUUUUAUGACCUUAGAGCUGAAUCUGUGAAAAUACAAAUCAUGGCCAAUGCAAAGUACUAUGAAAGCCAAGAAUCUUUUGAGAAAAUGGAGAAAAAAAUUAAAAGAGGGGAUAUUGUGGGAGUGUCAGGCAGACCAGCUAAAACAAAGAAAGGGGAAUUAAGCAUUGUGCCUGUGUCAGUGACUCUACUCUCCCCUUGUUUGAGAAAUUUGCCUCAUCUCUACUAUGGUGUGAAAGAAAAGGAAACCAGGUUCAGACAGCGAUACUUGGAUUUGAUGAUUAACGAACCUGUGAGGGAUAUAUUUAUAACCAGAGCCAAAAUAAUCAACUAUCUGCGCAAGUUUUUUGAUAAUUUAGGCUUUUUAGAGGUUGAAACUCCCAUGAUGAGUUUGAUCCCAGGUGGCGCUGUAGCUAGACCUUUUAUCACUCAUCAUAAUGAGUUGAAUCAAGAUCUGUACAUGAGAAUUGCCCCUGAACUCUAUCUAAAGAUGUUGGUUGUAGGAGGUAUUGACAGAGUUUAUGAAAUCGGUAAACAGUUUAGAAAUGAAGGCAUUGAUCUCACACACAAUCCAGAGUUUACAACCUUGGAGUUCUACAUGGCCUACGCUGACUACAAUGAUUUAAUGACGAUAGCUGAAAGUUUAAUCUCUGGUAUGGUCAAACAGUUGAAAGGCAGUUACAAAAUUACUUAUCACCCUGAUGGCCCUGAAGGUCAAGGCUAUGAAAUAGACUUCACUCCCCCAUUCAAGCGUGUGUCUAUGAUUCCAGCAUUGGAGGAAGCAAUGAAUGUCACGUUCCCUCCAGCUGCUGAAUUGCACACCGAAGCUUCUAGAAAAUUCCUUGAUGACCUUUGUGUUAAACAUGGAGUGAGAUGUCUCCUACCUAGAACUGCUGCACGUCUGCUAGACAAGAUGGUUGGUGAUUUUAUAGAGGACAAGAUAAUAAAUCCCACAUUCAUCAUUGAUCAUCCAGAAAUUAUGAGUCCUCUUUCCAAAUCACAUAGGUCAGUGCCUGGAUUGUCAGAGCGUUUAGAAUGUUUUGUAAUGCGUAAAGAAAUAGCGAAUGCUUACACAGAAUUGAAUGACCCAGUUGUCCAAAGAGAAAGAUUUCAACAACAAGCUAAGGAUAAGGCUGCAGGAGAUGUUGAAGCCAUGUUUGUGGAUGAAAAUUACUGUGUUGCCCUUGAGUAUGGACUGCCACCAACUGGAGGUUUAGGGCUUGGUAUUGAUAGACUCACCAUGUUCUUGACAGACCAGAACAACAUAAAGGAAGUAGUAUUUUUCCCAGCCAUGAGGCCAGAAAAUACACAUACGCCGGAAACCACAACAGAGAAAUAGAGAAUCCUUUUUAAUUGAAUGUUGGCUGUACCCCUUUUAGAUUAUCUCCAAAUGGGUAAUUCAUGAAAUUCUAUAUGUAUUUGUAUUCAUGUGUUUAUUGGCAAGAAAAUUGGCAAGUUGACACUUGUAUUAUUUAUUGAUUAACACCUUCAGCCAGGCAUGCUUCCAUUAUAUUAGCUGUCAGGGACAUUGGAAAGUUGUAAGAUCUAAAUCAAAAUCAGCAUGUAAUAUUUUGGCAGCUUCACCUUUACACAGCUUUAUGUAUACCUAUAUAUUUACUUUAACUUCAAUAGCAUCCGUUCCCAAACUCAUAUGUUGGUGAGUCAGAAACUGUGUCUAAACUUUUAUAGCGCUGCACAAAAUUUCUUUAAUGAUUGGAAGUUAUCUCAUUUUGAAGCUUAGUAACUAUGGAAAUGAAGGCAGAGUUGACAAAUCACUUAAGGUCAUCUACCAAGGUCUAGGUUAUCUAGUCUUGCAUACCAUUAAAUGUAUGACUACUUUAAAUUGAUGUUAGUGCCCUGACAUUGAAAUAACUGGUGUUAAUGUAAUGAUUUGAAAAGGAGAGAAUGUAGUUGUAUGUAAGUUUCUUUUGGUUUAGUAAUGUUUGUUUCAAUGACUGCAAUUAAAGAGUGAACUAAA